AUGGAAGACGGUCUUAGUCUCGUCGUCCAGCCAGGACAGGGAGAAAACAUAAUUUCUGACGUGGCUGUCCGCUCCACGGUGAUGUAUGAUAUAGGAUCGACAGACCUAGUCUCACCGAUGAGGUACUGCGUGGACCGUGGCAGUCAUGCCCUCUUUGAACCCGCCGGAUCUCGAACCUUCUCCCGGAAAAUCGAUGUGAAGCUCGUGGGGGUUAACAGCGCUGUGACACCAUCCGUCUCCGGGAACUCACCUCAUCGAGAGGUUGAAUCGUCUUCUGCACCGAUUUUCCAGAGGCGUUCCCAGAUACACCCAUGGAAGGCAUCAUGGGGAUGGGAGUUGCUCCACGGUCUACCGAUGAUGGGAUUCCUACAUUCUGGUCGUUGUAUCAUAGCGGACAGCUGGCCCGAGCCUGUUUUUCCCUUCUACUUCGUCCCGGGCUCAGAGUACCGGGCUGAGCUGACCCUGGGUGGAGUGGAUAAGUCCAAAUUCAUUGGUGAUCUUAUCUGGACCGACCUCAAUCGCAAUGUGAGCAUCCUUUCUGGGGCUUACACUUGGGCUUCCACGGGGAUCGCGGGUGGUCCGCCUGCACUGUUUGUUGCUGGACUGACUGCUCUUGGUACAGGAACAGCGAUCCUCCAGAUUCCUGAUAAAGAGUUAACGGAGGAUCUCUACAGGCAAAUUUUGCCGUUCAUUACGAUGAUCGACUCAGCUGGUGCGUGGGGGGCUCCAUGCCCUCUGCUGGAUGCGGUCGCUCCGGAGCUGACCUUCACCAUCGGCACAGAUAGCCAAAGUAUCACCCUCCCUCGAAAUUUGCUCAACUUAGGCGAGUAUCCGGGGCAGCCAGAAAACUGUCAAGCAGUUUUAACAGCCCCACGGAGCCCCUUGAGGAUCCGAUGGGAGAAGGGCGCGCCGUGUGGCUGGUGGGAUCUCCCUUGCUCAAAGCAUACUAUACCGCGUGGACCGGCCUGGACUUUCGGGUGGGAUUCGCCACACUGGUGGUACCUUUCAUGUCCUAGAUGA